AUGAGGCUGACUGAAGAACCAGCUGGGCCAGACCCUGAAGGCUGCAGAGGCACAAGUGCAGAGGAGGAUGCCAAGUGGCUUCAGUGGGUGACACAGCAGUUCAAGAACAUUGCCGGAAAAGACAGGGAGAUCAACCUACAAGAAUUCAAAAGAGCACUGAAUGUGAAAGAGUCCUUCUUUGCAGAGCGGUUCUUUACCCUGUUUGACUCGGAUGGAAAUGGCACCAUCACCCUGGAGGAGCUGCAGGAGGCGCUCACCCUGCUCACCCGCGGCAACCCCAUGGACAAACUCAAAUUCCUCUUCCAGGUGUACGACGUGGAUGGUGAGGGCUCUUCCUGGGCACGGGCUGGGGCAUCUGCAGGGCUUCUGCAGGGCUGCCACAGCUCCGCCCUCUCCCCCCUCUCUCCGUCCUCACCCGGGACAGGCAGCGGCUCCAUCGACCCCGACGAGCUGCGCACUGUGCUACGGUCGUGCCUGCGCGAGAGCGCCAUCUCGCUGCCGGAGGAGAAGCUGGACCAGCUGACGCUGGCGCUCUUCCAGUCGGCGGACAAGGACUGCAGCGGUGCCAUCACCUUCGACGAGCUCCGUGACGAGCUGCAGCAGUUCCCCGGCGUCAUGGAGAACCUGACCAUCAGUGCUGCCUGCUGGCUCACACCACCUGCCAACCGUCGUCCUCUGCACAGGCCACGCCCACUGACAGCUGCCUACUGGCACAACCACCGCAACCAGCUGCUCUGCCUGGCCACCUACACUGGCCUCCAAGUGCUGCUCUUUGUGCUGGCGGCCAAUGCACACCGGGCCCUUGGUGCCAGCAUCAUGGUGGCCAAAGGCUGUGGCCAGUGCCUCAACUUCAACUGCAGCUUCAUUGCGGUGCUGAUGCUCAGGCGCUGCCUCACGUGGCUACGGGCCACGUGGUUGGCUCAGGUCCUGCCCCUGGACUACGUUAUCCAGUUCCACCAGCUCAUGGGUUACAUGGUGGUGGGACUGUCCCUUGUGCACACUGUGGCCCACGUUGUAAACUUUGCACUCCUGGCUCAGUCCGGGGCCAGCCCCUUCCAGUUCUGGGAACUGCUGCUCACCACGCGGCCUGGCAUCGGCUGGGUGCAUGGCUCAGCCUCCCCGACGGGCGUUGCACUGCUGCUGCUGCUGCUGCUCAUGGUCAUCUGCUCCAGCCCCUGCGUCCGCAGGAGCGGCCAUUUCCAGGUGUUCUACUGGACCCACCUGUCCUACCUGCCCCUGUGGAUCCUUCUCAUCCUGCAUGGGCCUAACUUCUGGAAGUGGCUUCUGGUCCCCGGCAUCUUGUUCCUCCUAGAGAAGGCCAUGGGGCUGAUCAAAUCCCGCAUGGCACCCCUGAGUAUUGUGGAAGUCAACCUCCUCCCCUCCAAGGUCACUCAUCUCAUCAUCCAGCGGCCCCCUCUCUUCCACUAUAGGCCUGGGGACUACUUGUACUUGAACAUCCCCACCAUCGCUCGCUAUGAGUGGCACCCCUUCACCAUCAGCAGUGCUCCUGAGCAGAAAGACACCAUCGAGCUCCACAUCCGGUCCCAAGGCCAGUGGACAAACAGACUGUAUGAGUCUUUCAAGGUGUCAGACCCCGUGGGCUAUGAUUCCAAGAGGCUGUCAAGGAGCUUGAGGAUGAGAAGGAGUCAGAGGAGACCCCAGGCUUCUGAGAUGUCCUCUGAGAACCAUCGAUUCUGCAACAUCAAGUGCUACAUCGAUGGCCCUUAUGGAACCUCCACCCGCAGGAUCUUUGCCUCGGAGCACGCCGUGCUCAUUGGGGCAGGUAUCGGCAUCACCCCCUUUGCCUCCAUCCUGCAGAGCAUCAUGCACAGGCACCAAAAGAGAAAGCACGUUUGCCCCAGCUGCCAGCACUCCUGGAUGGAGGGCCUCCAGGACCACGACAUGAAGCUGCACAAGGUGGAUUUCAUCUGGAUCAACCGAGACCAGAGGUCUUUUGAGUGGUUUGUGAGCCUGCUGACCAAACUGGAGAUGGACCAGGCCCAGGAGACACAAGAUGACCACUUCCUGGAGCUGCACAUGUACAUGACUUCUGCACUAGGCAAGAAUGACAUGAAGGCCAUUGGCCUGCAGAUGGCCCUCGACCUCCUGGCCAAGAAGGAGAAGAAGGACUCUAUUACGGGUCUCCAGACACGUACCCAGCCUGGGCGGCCCGACUGGAGCAAGGUGUUCCAGAAAGUGGCUGCUGCAAAGAAGGGCAAGGUGCAGGUCUUCUUCUGUGGCUCCCCAGCUCUGGCCAAGGUGCUGAAGGGCCACUGUGAGCAGUUUGGCUUCAGGUUCUUCCAAGAGAACUUCUAG